AUGGCCCCGACGGCGUGUGGCUGGAGGACUUUGCUCAACUUCGCGCGGAAGCAGAGAGAAGGCAACUGGAUGGAAGUUCAAGCAGAGCGAGCAAAGUCCCAGACUGCCGAGGUGUCCUUCCUGAAUAGCCACGAGACGCAGCAGAGUUACAAGACCCCGGCGCGGUGUUCAAAGCCUUGGAAGUCGGACAUGGUGGGCCGCCCUAUCCUGGAAUCCACCGACAUGCUGCUGACCCGGGCCAUCCGCGUCGGCCACCCGAGGAACGGCAUGCUGGAUCCAAAGAGCUCCUUUGUGAUCCCAAAGAAGUGUGCCCGACCUGUGCCAAAGAUUUUGCACUUCAUCUGGCUCUGCUCACCCCUCUCAGAUGUCAGGGCGGACCACGUGCGCGGCUUCGCGCUGAACAACCCGCACUUCCGGGUCUUCUAUUGGUCCGACGCGGAGAUCCCAGAAAGCGCCCGGCACUUGUUGGACGCGGCAGCGGACCGCCCGGCCGGGCCCAUUGAGAUCAAGGACGCCUAUGCAGAGGCUGAGACCUUCCAGUCUUGGAACCUCAUCCAGUACCAGGACAAGUUCCACUCCAACAACAAGAACCCAGGCGUUUGCACGCUGAAGUCCCACUUCUUCCGCAUCGAGGCGCCGCUGAAGUACGGCGGCAUCUAUAUCGAUAUGGACCACGUCUCAACCCGCGGCUUCGAUGAAGUCGGGGCAGAGAUCUGGCGGUGGCCCUUUGUGAGCCACAAGGUUUGUGGCGCGAACAUCGGGAAUCACAUCUUCAGCGGCGAGAAAGGCUCUGGGUUCUUGGACUUCGCCGUGAAGGUCAUCAUCGAGCGCCGCUCCGCAUUCCAUUAA